GCUGGGCUUUGGCUGGAAGGAGGUGGAGAGGAAUGGCUCCUCCCCAUUGGCUGUUGCUGUUUGCACUCAGUUCCUUUAUAUGUCUUUGAUAACAGCUGAAGGGCAGAGUAGCCCCUGCAUGACAGCUGAAAGAUUGGCCAAGUGCUGCAAAAGACAGUUACAUUGAUCCAGCUUGGGGAAGACAUCUGGAGACCAUGACCAAGAAAAGAAUUGCUGUGAUUGGAGGAGGUGCAAGCGGGCUCUCUUCUAUCAAGUGCUGCCUGGAAGAAGGCUUGGAACCAGUCUGUUUUGAAAGGACUCAUGACAUCGGAGGACUCUGGAGGUUCCAGGAAAAUCCUGAAGAAGGAAGGGCCAGCAUUUACAAAUCAGUGAUCAUCAACACUUCUAAGGAGAUGAUGUGCUUCAGUGACUAUCCCAUCCCAGAUGAUUAUCCUAACUUCAUGCACAACUCCCAGGUCCUGGAGUAUUUCAGGAUGUAUGCCAAAGAAUUUGAUCUUCUAAAAUAUAUUCGAUUGAAGACCACUGUGUGCAGUGUGAAGAAGCAGCCUGAUUUCUCCACUUCAGGCCAAUGGGAGGUAGUUACAGAAUCUGAAGGGGAAAAGGAGGUAAAUGUCUUUGAUGGAGUCAUGGUUUGCACCGGCCAUCACACCAAUGCUCACUUACCCUUGGAAAGCUUCCCUGGAAUUGAGAAGUUCAAAGGACAGUACUUCCACAGCCGGGACUAUAAGAAUCCAGAGAGUUUCACUGGAAAGAGAGUCAUUGUAAUUGGCAUUGGAAAUUCUGGAGGGGAUCUGGCUGUGGAAAUUUCCCACACAGCCAAGCAGGUUUUCCUCAGCACCAGGAGAGGGUCUUGGAUCCUGAAUCGUGUAGCAGACUAUGGAUAUCCCCUUGAUGUGUUAGUCUCUUCUCGAUUUAAACAUUUUCUUUUGAAGAUCUGUGGUCAAUCAUUAGCAAACAAUUUUUUGGAGAAAAAGAUGAACCAAAGGUUUGACCAUGAAAUGUUUGGCCUAAAGCCUAAACACAGAGCUCUGAGUCAGCAUCCAACAGUGAAUGAUGAACUGCCAAAUCGUAUAAUUUCUGGCUUGGUGAAGGUGAAAGGAAAUGUGAAGGAGUUCACAGAGACAGCCGCCCUAUUUGAAGAUGGCUCCAGGGAGGAUGACAUUGAUGCUGUUGUCUUUGCCACAGGCUAUACUUUUGCCUUUCCUUUUCUUGAAGAUUCUGUUCAAGUAGUCAAAAACAAGAUAUCCCUAUAUAAAAAUAUCUUCCCUCCUAACCUGGAAAAGCCAACUCUUGCAAUCAUAGGCUUGAUCCAGCCUUUGGGUGCCAUUAUGCCGAUUUCAGAGCUCCAAGGACGCUGGGUCACUCAAGUAUUUAAAGGGCUAAAGACAUUGCCCUCACAAAGCAAAAUGAAAGCAGAGAUAGCUAAGGCUCAAGAGCAAAUGGCAAAAAGGUAUGUGGAGAGCCAACGCCAUACCAUUCAGGGAGACUAUAUAGAUACCAUGGAAGAGCUGGCUGAUCUGGUGGGUGUCAGGCCCAGUCUGCUGUCUCUGGCCUUCACUGACCCCAAAUUGGCAAUACAGAUCAUCUGGGGACCCUGCACUCCAAUCCAGUAUCGUCUACAAGGCCCUGGAAAAUGGGAUGGAGCCCGAAAAGCUAUCUUCACCACAGAAGAUCGUAUCAGGAAGCCACUGAUGACAAGAGUUAUCGAACACACUAAUUCCACGACUUCAACAAUAACAAUGGCCAAGUGUAUGCUGGCUGUUGUUUUCUUUGCUAUAAUUGUGACCUACUUUUAGCUGUCCCAUUUGUCAUUGCCCCAGUUUUCUUUGGAAAGCUGCAUCUAGAGAUGCCUUCAGAAUCUGAUGAGAUUGAACAGCUCUCGGCUUCACAUUGUUCAGGAAUCUACUUUUCUCUUGCCAAAGCAUUAAUCUUCUUUCCUCUUUUCCCUACAGUGAGACUCUAGCUUUUCAUUCAUAUUGAUUUCCCUCCCGUUCUCUUGUGACCCACCACUUUUUCCUUUCAAUAACCCCUGGACUAUGAGCUCAAGUAUCCUUUCAGUCAUCUUUGUAAGUCCUUAGCAGACUUCUUGACAUGUGGUAUGUGCUUAAUAAAUGUUGUCAAUAUUAUGGUGGGGAGAAGUCAAUAUCUGUAUACUGGGUGACUGCAUGGAACUCUGCUUCUGAUAGGAUUUGAUAUUCUAUUAGAAGUUCAAUCUUGGAGCACCUGGGUGGCUCGGUCGGUUCAGUGCCCAACUCUUGAUUUCAGCUCAGGUCAUGAACCCAGGGUUGUAAGAUCAAGCCCAGUGUCAGGCUCCAUGCUGAGCGUGAAGCAUUUAAGAUCUCUCUCUCCCUGUGCCCCUCUGUUGAGUGUGCUCUUGCUCUCUCCCUCUCUCUAAGGAAAAAAAUAGCUCAAUAUUUUGUUUUUAAUACUGUAACUAAAUGUAGGUUUCCUGAGAGAUCAGAGAAUUAAUGGUCUUAUAUUCAUCUAAGAUAUAUAAACACUUAAAACAUUUUAUUUCACUAGUGAUUCACUAGUGUGUCUGAUCCCUCGUCCUUUUUACUCUUUUCCCCUAAGCAAUCUGUCUUUAUUUUCUCAAUGAAGAAACUACCUUCAACUUUCUAUGCUCAGGGGUCAUCCUAAUAAUCCAGCAUCUGUGAAUAGAUUUGACUUGGCUGAAAAACUUGGGAUUUUAAGUUAGCUGUCUGAUCUUCUUUUGAUCUCUUAGUUCCCAUAUUAGGAUCCAACAAGACUUUGCCUUAGAAAAUAUGAUCCAUAGCUGCCAACUUUUGUGGUAUGGCCUACAAAUGUCAUUUGUCUCCCCUCACUCCUUUCUCCUCUCCACUCCCUCACACACACAGAGUCUAAGUAGUCAAUAUUCAAAGAGGUUAUUUAUGUAUUAAAACAUGAUUGAUACUAACUAAAUACAGGGGCAGUCUGCUUAAAACAGUUCUCUUAGGGGGGCCUGGGUGGCUCAGUCGGUUGAGUGUCUGACUUCGGCUCAGGUCAUGAUCUCACAGCUCGUGAGUUUGAGCCCCGCAUCAGGCUCUGUGCUGACAGCUCAGAGCCUGGAGCCUGCU